AUGGUGUCGAGUCGCUUUCUCGCAGCCGCUGUGCUGCCAUGUCUUGGUGCUGCUGUCAACCCGGCCGCGGUGUAUGACGGCGGAUAUGGCGACAAGGGACCGGUUCUUCUCGGAAUUGGUAACGGCGGUGCCGGACAGAGUGGUUUGAUCAAAGCCCUCGCCGACGCGUUCAUCGAGGACAGCGUCUCCAACGGCACCGAGCCUUUCCGCGUGGCCUGGUACCAGAGUGACACCACCUACAGCAUCAACUACCUCAAGGACGCCGUGAUCGAUGUCGCGUUCACCUACAGCCCCGCGGCCGAGCGGAUUGCCAUUGAGCAGGAUAUUGCGUUGGCGCCCAGCUACUACGCCUUCCGCGACCACUUUCUCCUCGUUGGGCCCCCGUCCAACCCGGGCAACAUCUCGGGCAAGCAGGACGUGUACACCAUCUUUUCAGACCUGCACGAGAAGGCUGAGGCGGCCAACUCCACGCCGCCUGUGCGGUUCUUGAGCCGGUAUGAUAAAUCGGCCACGAACAUUAAGGAGUCGGACUUUUGGAUCAGCAUCGGUCAGGUCCCCUGGGCCACCGCCUACUCGACCUGGUACCACCAAUACAUCGCCUUCCCCAUCCAAGCCCUCACCGCGGCCAUUCUCCUCAAUGAAUACACCCUCACCGACCGCGGCACCUUCCUCUCGCUACCCAGCAACCUGACAUCUGCCACGACCAUCUACAAGGCCUCGACCGACGCUGCCGAGGACCCACUGCUCAACCCGGCCCACCUGCUCGUCGGCGCCAAGGCGCCCAACCCGAAGACCGCGGACGCUUUUGCGAAGUGGACGGUUGGACCCGCUGGGCAGAACGUGAUUAAGGGGUUUAAGAAGAAUGGGGAGCAGUUGUACAGCCCAGCGCCGGCACAGGGGGAGAAUAACGGGGGCAAGGGGAACGGGGUGGCGGUCGCUGUUGACGUGUAG